AAAUCACGUAAUAACGUGGCGCAAGUAAAAGUUCUCUUCCAAAAACGAAAACAACGACGAAUUUCAAUCGAAUCCCAGGCGAAGAAGACGACCACCAUCGACGCCGUCAUCAUUGCCACCAACCCAUAUAUAUAUAUAAAUAUAUAAACGUCGUCGUAUGACGGCAAUGGCUUCCCUUCCCGUCUUAGGAGAAUGGUAAAGCUUUUCUGUUAUAACAUAAAGCAAGGGUAGUGGUGGGUUUGGACUUGGUGAUCGAUGAAGAAAAAAUGGUUAUUGUCGACACAAGAUUGUGAGAUGGAGCAAAUCUCUAGAGACGAAGGUAGUCAAUAUAGUCUCACCGGUAUUCUUCCUCCUCUCGGCGCCUCCGGUCGCAACGUUCGCAGGCCCAAGCUUCCUCGUUUCAUUAUCUCUCCCUUCAAUCAUCAUUACAAAAUUUGGCAGCUAUUUUUGGUACUUUUAGUGUUCUACACGGCGUGGGUAUCCCCUUUUGAAUUUGGGUUUUUGGACAAACCAAAAGGGUCUCUAGCUGUUCUUGACAAUGUGGUUAAUGCAUUUUUCGCCAUUGACAUAGCUGUGACCUUCUUCGUUGCUUAUUUGGACAAAGCCACUUAUCUCCUAAUUGAUAAUCCUCAGUUAAUUGCCAAGAGGUACGCCAAGACAUGGUUGAUUCUUGAUAUUGUUUCCACUAUCCCCUCAGAGGUGGCUCGAGCAAUAUUGCCUGCUCCUCUUAAGACUUAUGGAUACUUCAAUAUGCUCCGGCUAUGGCGUCUCCGCAGAGUCAGUGCCAUGUUUGCCAGAUUGGAAAAGGACAGGAAGUUUAGCUACACUUGGGUUCGAUACUCAAAGCUUAUUUGUGUGACUCUCUUCACGGUCCAUUUUGCUGGCUGCAUAUUCUAUUUUAUUGCAUUACAGCAUCGUGAUCCAGGAAGGACUUGGAUUGGAUAUAACGAUAACGAGAAUUUCCGACAACAGAGUUUGUGGGUUAAUUAUGUGACCUCAAUUUACUGGUCCAUAGUUACACUCACAUCCAUUGGCUAUGGUGAUCUCCAUCCUGUAAACUCUGCAGAAAUGGUGUUCGAUAUCUUGUACAUGCUCUUUAUUAUAGGCCUUCAAGCAUAUCUGAUUGGAAAUAUGACCAACUUGGUUGUUCAUGGUACUGCUCGAACAAGGAAAUUUAGAGACACCAUUCAAGGAGCCUCAAGUUUUGCUCAUAGGAACCAAUUACCAGAGCGGUUGCAAGAGCAAAUGCUAGCUCAUUUGAGCUUGAAAUUUAGAACAGAUUCCGAAGGACUGCAGCAGCAAGAGACUCUUGAUGCCCUUCCUAAAGCCAUUCGAUCUAGUAUCGCACACCAUCUCUUCCAUUCACUAGUUGAUAAUGUCUACUUGUUCCGUGGUGUAUCAAAGGACUUGCUUUUCCAACUGGUCUCAGAGAUGAAGGCAGAGUACAUUCCUCCCAAGGAAGAUGUGAUUUUGCAGAAUGAAGCUCCUACUGACUUGUACAUAUUGGUAACUGGUUCAGUGGAACUUAUCAUACAAAGUAUUGGAGGAGAACAGGUAGUUGGUGUGGCAAAGAAAGGAGAUGUUGUUGGUGAGAUAGGCUUGUUAAGUUAUAGACCGCAGCCAUUUACAGUUAGAACCAAGCGACUGAGCCAGCUGCUGCGACUGAACCGCACAGCAUUUCUAAAUAUUGUUCAGGCCAAUGUUGGAGAUGGAACAAUUAUCAUCAACAAUCUUCUUCAGCAUUUGAAAGAAUUGAAUGAUCCUCUUAUGGAGGAAAUUCUGACUGAUACAGAGAACAUGUUGGCUCGGGGCAGAAUGGAUUUGCCUAUUAGUUUGUGCUUUGCUGCAACAAGAAGCGAUGAUUUGCUGUUGCAGCGGUUGCUAAACCGGGGUUCUGAUCCAAAUGAACCGGAUGUCAAUGGAAGGACUGCUAUGCAUAUUGCAGCAGCUAAUGGAGAUGAGCAUUGUGUAGUUCUACUGUUGGAGUAUGGAGCCAAUCCCAAUGCCAAAGAUAUAUUAGGAAAUGUUCCUCUCGGGGAAGCAAUACAAGGAAAAAAUGAAGCUGUAAUCAAACUUCUCUUAGAGAAUGAAGCAGAGAUACCUUCUAGGGACUUUGGUCGUUUCGCAUGCGUUUUAGUAGAACAGAACAACUUAGAAUUGCUCAGGAUGUUUGCGGAUUAUGGCUAUGAUGUGACCCUGCCCAAGUUUGAUGGAACCACAGCUCUUCAUGCAGCAGUGUGUGAAGGAAAUGCAGAAAUAGUCAGUUUCCUUUUGGAGAAAGGAGCUGACAUUGAUAAACCAGAUAACAAUGGAUGGACACCAAGGGCCUUGGCUGAUCAUCAGGGCCAUGAAGAAAUAAAAGACUUGUUUCAGAGUAUAGUAGAUGUUAAGACAUCAUCAACACCUAUUGCUUCAAAGGAUCGAACCCCUCUUAACCUCACAAAGUACAAGAGUGACCCCACAAUGCAAUCAUAUUCCCAGGACAGCAGCUCUCCUAACAAUAGCAACAGAAGAAGAAGGGCUAGUAAUUAUCGCAAUUCGCUUCUUGGGAUGAUGUCUGCUGCAAAUAUUGAAGAGAGAGAACUUAUUCAAGGUCGAAGUAGUGUCACUAGCAGCCGUAAUGUGAUGAGCCAGUACCCUGCAAGAGUCACAAUUAGCUGCCCAGAAAAAGGUGAAGUUGGUGGAAAGCUGGUGUUUUUGCCAGAUUCACUUUCUGAACUAAUGGAUAUUGGUUCCAAAAAAUUUGACUUUUGUCCCACCAAAGUGUUUACAAAGGAAGGAGCUGAAGUUGAAGAUAUUGAACUUGUCAGAGAUGGUGAUCAUCUUGUGCUUGUUGGUGAUAUUGACAACUUGACAUUACAGUAAAUUGAGAGAAUGCUUUUGGCUGUUUUUCAAAAUUUUCAAGUGAACAAAUGUGCAUAGAUAAUCACCUAACACAUGAAAAAAAAUAAAAGAAAUUAAAAUUUUGUUUGAAUUUAAAUUCAGAAAUUGAUGAUAGCUGCUAAUAUCAGUGGGCAUAUGAGUGAGUGUAUGACUGAUAAUAAUUCAUGUUUGCUGUGAGACUAAUGAUUAUUUGUACAUUAAUACAGAAAUAUUUACAAGUAUUUACAAAUGAGAAAAGUCCAAUAAAUUGGAUUUUAGAUGUGGGACUGUUCAGUAGCCGUUAUUUCCAUUGAUUUAUCUCGAUUUCGACUGCAUAUUAGUAAACGUGAAUUCAAAACACUUUUGUAAGAUGAAUUGUAAAUUGUAUUGUACUAUUGCAUUAGUAAUA